CCAUCGCCAUCUCGCUCUGCACUGCUCGCCCCUUCCACCUCCCCAAACAACACCCUCCCCACCUCACCAAGCGUGCUGCUGCUGCUGGUGCUGCUCCUGCGGUGGUUUGGUUGCUUCCUCCUCCUCCUCCUCCUCCUCCUCCUCGUCAUCUUCUCCCUUUGCCUGCCUCGGUUGCUUGCUGAGCUGAGCUGAGAGCACGGGCAGGGCUUGCUUGCUCCCUUGGUCACCCAGAGUGUCACUGUCUGUCUCUGCCUUUCUUUUUUCCUCUGUCCCGCUUGGUCCUCUGGCCUUUUGCUUUCUCAACUUCUUGCCUCUCCUCCCAUCUCGUCACCGCCGGUGUGCCGGAAUCCAAAUCCACCUGAUCCUCUCCUCCCGUCUCUGAUAUUUUCUUCUUCCCGGAGUAAUUUCGGUUCUAGGUUGUUUGGGGCUCUAGCUUUCCCCUCUGUUGUGUUCAGGUGGUGCGUUGUGUUCUAGGUUCCUUACCCGCCAUUAGCUUCUCAGGGUUGGCUCGGUUGUGCUCGCCUAGGCCUCGUUCUUGCUCGGGAUUGGGUCAAUUGGGAGUUGCUGCCUAUAGGGUUAGGUAGGAGGUGCUUCCAUUGUACUAGUUGCUCUGAAUUGGGAGAGGUUGGGAUGCUUUUGGACGACAUGAUGAUGGAGGGCAGGAAGGGGUUGAUGGAGAGGGAGAGGGAGAGGGAUCAGUUCCCCGUCGGCAUGCGGGUCCUCGCCGUCGAUGACGACCCCGUGUGCCUCAAGGUUCUGGAGGUCCUCCUCCGGCGCUGCCAGUAUCAUGUAACAACCACCAACCAGGCUGCUACUGCACUGAGGCUGUUAAGGGAGAACAAGAACAUGUUUGAUCUGGUGAUCAGCGACGUCCACAUGUCCGACAUGGACGGCUUCAAGCUCCUCGAGCUCGUGGGGCUUGAAAUGGACCUCCCCGUCAUCAUGUUAUCGGUGAACGGAGAGACUAAAUCUGUGCUCAAGGGGAUAACUCAUGGUGCCUGUGACUAUCUCCUAAAACCGGUUCGCAUCGAAGAGCUCCGGAACGUGUGGCAGCACGUUGUGAGGAGAAAAUUCAGCAACCGUGAGCCGAACAAUCUUGAUUUCUGCAAGGAGAUCAGUAGGGACUCGUACCACCGGCUCGGCCAGGCGACCUGUGACAGGUCGUCUGACCAGAGCAACAGGGCCAGCAAGAAGAGGAAGGAACUGCACAACGAGGAGGAAGACGAAGGCGAGGACAACGACAACGCCGCGGCCUCGAAGAAGCCGAGGGUGGUGUGGUCAGUGGAGCUGCACCGGAAGUUCGUCGCUGCCGUCAACCAGCUCGGGAUCGACAAGGCUGUACCUAAAAGAGUACUCGAGCUUAUGAACGUCGAGAAGCUCACCAGGGAAAAUGUCGCGAGUCAUCUGCAGAAGUACAGGCUAUACCUCAGACGGCUAAGUGCUGUGGCAUCACAACAAGCCAGCAUUGCCGCUGCCUUUGGAGGCAGAGACCCCUUUAUGCACAUGGGAGCAUAUGAAGGACUUCAUAGUUAUCAUCAACCCUUUGCCCCUUCUGCUGCUCCUCCAUCUUUUAAUCCACAUGGACUGGUGAGUGGUGCUGGUGCAGCAGCAUUUGGGCUUCAGGACCUUGCUUCUCCCAAGGGAAUUCACUGUGCUGGCAACAAUGGCGAAGUAAGCCACUGCGCUGGCGACACAAAUAAGUUUCACAUUGUGAGCUUACAAGACAAUCAACACGCAGAUCUAACGCAAGGCUUGACCGCAUCGUCGCUUGGGCAGCCCCGGCUCCAGCAGGAGUGGAUCCAUCAAGAAACCAGUGAUCUGUGCUCUGUCUUUUCCGGGGGUGCUCUGGCCAACACUAUGCCUGGCACAUUCCAGAGAAUUACAGGCAGUUCACUGCCACCAGAAGAUCUUUUGGAGUGCACUCCACAUGUCAAAGUUGGAGCCCAUCCAUCAAUAGGAAUACAAACUGCGAGUUCAGGAUUGCUUGAAAGGUCUCAGCAGGGUGCUCUUCCAAUUGGUGAUGGAUUUUCUGUUGACAAGUUACCGUUGCACAUCUCGUUCCACGGCGCUGUCGCGACAAAGCUGGAUGCUAGCUUUGUCGCUGAAGAACAAGGGAUGGACCAAAAGGGGAUAUUUUCAGAAAGAAUGACUGUUGGUGCUUGCCCUUCUGAGAGCCUCAUAGCAGCCAGCAGUGGCAGGUGUGGAGCUAGUUCUUCUGGUAGUACAAUGCUGCUCCCUCCUCAUGAUACCGACAGACAUUCGAAAUACUUGCAGUUUGGAGUUGCAAGCAACUCUAGACAUAGAAUGAAUGGCACGAGACAAGACCAAAGACUGAACAAUGGAGAUUUUAGCUAUGAUGGUGCUAUUGUGCCUGAACAGACUGAUGUGUAUGAUUUUGGAAUUUCAAAGCUGCAGGGUCAGGGUGCGUUAAAUAAUAGCAGCUGCAACUUUGACGGCCUACUCAAUUCCAUAAUAAAAGUGGAGAACCCGCAUGUCAUGACGAUGCUCCCCCUCUAGCUAGCUACCUCUUUCCCAGUCAGUUGCUUCAUAUGGCAACCUCCGCAGACAUCCGACCUGCAAAGAGAGCCUGGCCUACGGGGGAUGCCUCAGGAGGAUAGAUGAUCGCCUUCGGAGCCAACCUGCGACCAGACCAUAUAUCUGAACGGAGCCGUCGUGCCUAGGGUGAAAGCCCGCGGAAGGAAGGAGUACCUCCACGAUCACCACCGGCGAAAGAGACGAUCACCACUGGAAGGAUGGCGCCCACCCACGUCGCGGGCGUCAACCGCUGUCGACCUCUGAAACUGAAAGCGCCGUCGAGAAGAUCUGCGAGGUGUGGGUGCUGGUGAGCGGCGCCCGGGAUGAGCUCCAGAGGCAGGAGGAGACUGUCCUGUACAAGCGUCCACUUUUUUUUUUUGAGAUAAGUACAAACGUCCACGUGAGCAUAUGUGACUGUCUAAGGCUGGUUUAAGAAGUCUUGUACA